AUGGGCCCCUGUACCGCCUCCUCAUGCUGCUGCCAGGCCCGUAAUCUGCCAUGGGCCCCUGUACCGCCUCCUCAUGCUGCUGCCAGGCCCGUAAUCUGCCAUGGGCCCCCGUACCGACUCCUCAUGCUGCUGCCAGGCCCGUAAUCUGUCAUGGGCCCCUGUACCGCCUCCUCAUGCUGCUGCCAGGUCCAGAGUGUGUCAUGGGUCCCUGUACGGCCUCUUAUUGCUGCUGUCUCCAUCGCCACACUCUGCCAUGUGCCACUUUCAGGUCUCCUCACACUGCUGGUGGGUUCCAUUUUGUCAUAGGGUGCUGGCAGAUUACGGGCCUCCCAUUGCUGCUGCCAGGCCCGUAAUCUGCCAUGGGCCCCCGUACCGACUCCUCAUGCUGCUGCCAGGUCCAGAGUGU